UUUCGUUUCUCCGAGCCCAGAUUUGUUUCUGGCUCUUGGGGCAGCUGCGGACGGGGCGAUGGCGGCGCUGGACUCGGAGCCGAACCUGUCGGGGCUGGAAGAGGAGCUCACCUGCUCCAUCUGCCUCUGCCUCUUCAGCAGCCCCGUGACGAUACCCUGCGGGCACAACUUCUGCGCUUCCUGCCUGGACCUCACCUGGGCCGGCCUCUCGGGGGGCUUCAGCUGCCCGCAGUGCCGGGCCACCUUCGCGGGCCGCCCGCAGCUGCAGAAGAACACGGUGCUGUGCCGGGUGGUGGAGCAGCUCCAGGGCCGCGCUGGGGCCAAGGGCGAGGAAGAGGAGGAGGAGGAGAAUGGGGCUGGGGAGGCGGGGGGGUGCUGGGCGCAGGAGCCCCCCGUGUCCUGUGACAGCUGCCAGGAGGCUCCGGCCGUGCAGACCUGCCUGACCUGCACCGCGUCCUUCUGCGCCGAGCACCUGCGGCCGCACCGCGACAGCCCCGCCUUCCGCGACCACCAGCUCUGCCCGCCCGUGCGCGACCUGCAGCAGCGAAAGUGCCCCCAGCACAACAGGCUCUUCGAGUUCUUCUGCAGCAACCACGGCGUCUGCAUCUGCUCCCUCUGCCUGCUCGGGCACAAGCUGUGCCCCACCAGCCCCUUGGAGCAGGCAAAAGCCGCUGUCCAGUCGGUGCUGAAGAAAAAACUCGUGGAUCUGCAUAACCAGAGUGAAAGAACUGCCCGGGCAAUGAACACGGUGAAAACAAACCAGAAUCAAUCCGCUGAAACAGCUUCAAGAAAGAAGGAAUUGAUCAGAAAUGAGUUUUCAGAAAUAAAAGCUGUAAUUGAAGAAAGAGAAAAUGAGAUCAUGAAAGCAAUUACAGAGGAAGAAAAGAGAGUUUGGAAUAAGUUCGAUUAUAUUUACAGUGUGCUGGGAAAUAAGAAGAAUGAAAUUCAGUCUCUCAAAGAUCAGAUUGAGAUGGCACUGACUGAAAGUGAUGACAUUCUGUUUUUCAAGAGAGCAGCAGCACUGCAAAAAAAAUCAGCAAAAGAAGCUUUCGUUCCUGCAGUUGAGAUGGACCAAAAUGUGAUGCAUUCCACUUACCAGGCUGCCAUUACCCUCAAAGAUGUAGUGAAACUAUCAGUCAUUAAGAGUAGGGAGAAAAAAGAAGACGCCAAACCUGCGAAAAUUAAGGCUCCUCCAGCAGGUCCUUCAAACAAACUCGCUGUUGGAAAAAAGCCUCCUGGACCAAGUAAGUACUACAAAACAUCAUCCUGUCCUAACUAUGGUUUUAGUGUUAAUCUCUUCCCAACUGGCCAAAUUCUCUUUUCUUCUAUUGACACAGCACCAGCCACCGCACCUGCUGCUGCUCCUGCUGCUGCUCCUGCUGCUGCUGCUGCUGCUGCUGCUGCUAAAGAGCUCAUUGGCAGCUUCCUGAAGAAGCCCAGAGAGGAGCUCUUGCAGUACGCUGCCAACAUCACGCUGGAUUACAACACGGCUCACAACGCCCUGGUUCUGUCUGAGAACUACACCAAGAUGUCCAUCUCAGACACCUUCACGAGCCACAAGUACCACCCCCAGCGCUUCACGGAUUACCGCCAGGUGCUGGGCUUCCAGUGCUUCAAGAGGGGCAUCCACUACUGGGAGGUGCAGCUGCAGCAGAGCAGCUUCUGCGGGGUGGGGGUGUGCUAUGGCAGCAUGGAGCGGCGCGGCCCCGAGAGCCGCCUGGGCAGGAACAGCAGGUCCUGGUGCGUCGAGUGGCUCAAUUCCAAAAUAUCGUCCUGGCACAACGACGUGGAAAAGUGCCUGCCCAACACCAAGGCUACCAAGAUUGGGGUGCUGCUCCACUGCGAGGGGGGCUUUGUGAUUUUCAUGGCGGUGGGGGAGAAGAAUAACUUGAUCUAUAAAUUCAAAGCGCAGUUCACUGAAGCCUUGUACCCAGCCUUCUGGCUCUUUUCCAAUGAUGCUGUUAUCUCUCUCUGUCCCAUGAAGGAGUAAGGUCUUGUAUCUCAGUUUAGUUCCUUUACAGUGCAGAUAAUCUGUCUCAAAGAUUGAUCAUUUCAUACAAAAAUUAUCAUCUCUUUUAAGCAGUUUAGGAAAUCUGCCAAUUCUUUGGUCUGAAUUGCCAAAGCCAUUUAGGUAGUGAUUUAGCAAAAUGUUGGUGAUAGUAAAUAUUACAAUGGUUUGCAAAGGUCUUGAUUGCUCUAAAAUCAAAAUUAUGAUGCAAAUCCUUGCUGAAUGUCUUCAGUGUCUCUUGUGGCUUCAGUGAUUUCCUGUAAAGGAGCAAUAGAAUUCAUGUGUUCCACAGGUAACAAUAACCCCUUUUUGAAAGAAACAGGAAGAAUUCCUUGACAAGUUCAGGCUUUGAGGGAUGUCUCACUGUUGCCUUUUUGCCUGUGCACAGACUGUUGUCCAUACAGGUGUUCUCAGUGUAUGACUCCACCAGAUGCUACAGAAAGAGCUGUUGAAAUCCCUAAGUUCAGGUCUUAUGGCUCUGAGUUACAAAGGCCAAUAUGACGAAUCUCAUCAGAAUGGAACUGCAGAGACUUCUAGAAUUGAUGGGAAAGAAAUGGUCUUAGAAUCACCAGGAAACAAAUGAUAUCAGCCCAGACACUCGGAAUACACCAGAGAGUUGUCAGGAAGACAACCUGCAGAGCAGUGGUGUGCAUCCUGUGGUGAAGAUUGUGGGAUGAAGCAUUCUGUGUCAUCUUCUGACACAGAACAUGCUUCACAUCUUUACACUGAAGGCUCUUCAGUGCUGGGGUUUUUUUAUGUGCUGAGGAGUUCAGGGGAGACAUUCCUGGUCUGAGGAUCUCCUGUCAUAAAGCUUUUCCUCUUUAUGAGGUGGGAUAUUCUCUGCUGGUGUAUCUUUAGCUUCAAGCAAGGUCUCAUGUCAUAACGCUUUUCUUCUUUAUGAGGCGGGAUAUUUUCUGCUGGUGUAUCUUUUGUUGUUCAGGUAGUAGAAACUGGAUUUCUUGCAUGUUUUUGGGACUCAAAUUUGAAGAGUCUCAAGACAGAACGCAAGUACCUGGAAAAUGCUGGUUCCUUUCUGUGUGAAGGCUGUGGGCAGACAGGGUGAGUCUUUAGACAUACAGAGAAUUAGCACAAAGGAGGAUAUACAUCCAUUCCUCCUGGGAUGGAUUUUUAAUUCUCCUGGUGUUCUUCGGGUUGUGAUAUGUCUUUAGAAGUUCUCCCAGGUACAGAGAAAUCUGUACUUCUUACUUACAACUUUAAAACAAUCUGUAGGCAAUCAAGGUAUUUGGAUCUCAUCGUUAUUGGGCCUUUACCUUGUUGGUGCCUCUGGAUUUCCUGUGCCAGCUCUUAUUUCUUGUAGCCCAUGGGAAGCUCAUGAGAGCCUUCCUGGACUUGGAUUUGUAAAACUCCCUUACAGGACUUGGUGAAAUAGAGAACAAAGCCACUGCUGGCAGUUUGGCAGGGAAUUGUUAGAAGGCUUAAAAGACCCUCUUGUGACUACAUUCCACAUUAGCCAAAGUGCUUUGUGAGAGGUUUCAGGAAUUCAGGCUUGGUGUCUCUAUUUUUACUUGGUUUGUAAACUCUUAGUACUUUGUCAAGGAUAGCACAAGUCUCAUUUCUUCCAGUUUUUUGGUCAGAAUGGGUUAUGGAAUUGAUGGUGGAUCUAAAAGUGCCAUGGCUGUCUUUGGAGCAGUUCUACUCUCUCAAGAGUCUCUGCUUUCCAAAGCACAGUCAGCACUAAAAUUCCCAGCCUGAGCAGAAUGCUGCAAAAGGUGCAGAAGGAGAAUGUGUCCUGCUGGGAGCCAACAAGGGAUGACAAACUGGCUUUUCUGCUCUUCCAGUUUUUCAGCAGUGUAAGAUGAGAGCAGUUCCCUCUGAGGAAUCCUUUAGCUGCUUGGCUGUGCCACAGGGCUGCAGAUCCACUCAGCAGCGUGCUGGGGUACUCUGUCCCCUUGGCUGUGUGCAAAAACGUGCUCCAGCAGUCUGUGCAGUGGAGAACGUCCCAUCCUCUGUUUCUUGCUUCUUGACUUUAAAGAGGUGUCAGUACUGACCUCUGAGUCUACGGGCAUCUGUGGCCAUAGUCUAGAGGGACACCCAAACAAAGUAAAGAGCAGCUUUUAUUCUGCCUCGUUGGACAAAGUGAGAUUCUUGACAUUGGACACUGGUGUAGGACCAAGCAUGUGGAACACAUGAGGUGCCCUGCAUUUCCAGGCAUUUCCAAGCCUUCUGCUGGGCUCCUGAACCUCUGUUCUGCUUUCUUUUGUGCUAUGAAUGACUAGAAGUCAUAGAAUGAAACUGUUAAUCUGGAAUUCACAGAAUCACAGAGUAUUCUGAGUUGGAAGGGACUCACAAGGAUCACUGAGUCCAGCUUUUAAGUGAAUGACCUGUAAGGGGAUGGAAAUGGUGACCUUGGCAUUACUAGGACCAAUCUCUGGGCUUCUGAAAAGCACUGUUUUAUUUAGCUUCAGGUAUCUUGCAUAUAUUGGAGCACUAGUGUGAUAUAGCUAUUAUAACUAGUAAUAAACGUUAGUGUGUUUAGGAAAAAUACCAGUUACUGCAUGAUAAAUGAUCAUUUUAAAACCUUUUCAAGACAAAUGAAGUGGUUUUAUUCGGGAAGUAACUGUCAGAUCUGCAUUCGUUUUAAACAAGACAUAGAUUGGAGCAUAUAUUUUAACUGUGAUUCUCUUUUUACUAUUAAAAAGAAAGCAACUUAGUCUAGAAAAAGAACUAAUUCUGGUGUUAAAGCUACGAGGACAUGCAUUGAUUUGCAUUUUAACACACAAGUGAGAGCAAAUUAAAAAAACGGCUGCUGAAUGAAAAUGAACGUUUAAUCUUU